CUCUUUUUUGGUCUGGAACUUUGAGGGAGCACCAACGCAAUGACCUUUGCGUUUCAGCAAGGGCACCUUGAUCACGAUCUAGAGGAGAAGUUCGCUUUGGUCUGUGGUCGAUGAUGCAUCCGGGAGCUUAUACUAGCUCUAAAAGCCUUCUGAAAGUGGGUGGAAAUGGUGGUGGCCAGCAACCCCUUUUGUGACGAAAGCCAAUUAUUAGAAGUUGAUGCUUGUGAGCAGAGAAGGCUCCAAUAAUGUGAUGGAUCUGAUCAUUCUGGCCCAAGGAGUGGCCUUGCUGCUAUUCUUUGUGAGAACCAGCGUCACAGCCGCAGUAUCCCUCCCAUAUUACCUAGUCAAAUGCUUGCUCCCUUCGUCACCACCACGGCUCUCAGAGCGAGAUGACGACUCUUCCUGUGUCUUCUAUGAAGGCACUGUGUACCACGUUAGGCGAAGACCCAUUCACAGCGAAUUCAGGUAUCCUGUCAGGAUGGCUGUGGUGGAUCUGGACAAGCCUCCAGGCUGGUGGCACGAGCAGGCCAGCGACCACAUGACAGCCAAGGAGGCUAGAGCCUUUGCAGGGACUGAUGGUGAUGUGCUGUUGCUGACGACGCCAGUCAGCGCAGGAUACAAUCAGAAUCCGAUCAGCGUGUAUUACUGCAUGGGGGCGGGUGGGCGGCUGCGGCAGGGCAUAGCGGAGGUGACUAAUACGCCCUGGGGGGAGCGAGUCACCUUCCUGUUUCACCCGGAAGGCCAGGACGUGCCCAAGGCGAUGCAUGUGUCGCCGCUCAUGGACAUGAAGAGCACUUGGAGGAUAAGGGCGCCACUGCCUGGGGAGAGGUGCAGCCUGGAAGUGUCGGCGGUGCAUCCGGAGAUGGGGGCAUUCUUCGACGCUCGGCUGACGGCCGUGCGCAGCCGCGUGCGCGGCCGCAGCGAGACUGCCGGUUUGGCAACCCUGUGGAGGUACGGCUUCAUGCCGCACAGAGUGGCGAUCUGGAUUUACUUGCAGGCGCUGGGGCUGCUGUGGCACGGAGUUCCCUUCUUCGGCUACCCGCCACCGGAGACCCGCGCGGAAGCUGAGAGGAAGGCAGCCAACCCAGUGAACAGCCAGAAUCGGCAUUUUGUGUGGCGCAACCCACUGCACUACCCCUGGAACGCUCUGUGA